CCUCUGGGUGUGAUCUGACGACAGAUAGCCAGAAUUCAUGGAGCUGUUGUCUCUGCCUUCGCAUAAGCAUCGCAAAGGAGACCCUACCCGGACAGCUGUUUUAGCAAAAAAUGUGAGCCAAAAAAUGCGAGCCGCACAUUACCAUGACAAAUAACGGGCUGGAAGUUUGUUGACCCCGGUGUAUUAGCUGGAAAUAGCAGGACCACGACAAUGCCGUUCUCUUCUGGACUAGCGAAGGAAUAAAUCUACUUACCGGUAGUUAUCUCGUGGGGGGGUUACAUACCCAGGGCAGGCUUUUGCAGUAGAUCGGGGAAAUUGUGAUCUUUUUCUGAGAUAUUUGAGCCCACCAGAGAUGGAUGACGGUUCGUCUACGAGUGUACGGUUGUAAGUGGCGUUGGAAUAAUCAACGGAGCCAUGUGCCUCAUCCAAUGAUGGAUACGCCAUCCCAGAGCAACAUGGCCGGUGGGCAGCAGUCCCAGCCCAAGACUACGCGGGUCCUGCUGUGGGCACCACCCCGUUCCCUCUCCACGGCCUUCGAGCGCUGCAUCAGUUCCCUGGGCGACCGCGUGCAGGUCUGCCACGAGCUGUACACCGCGGCCUGCCACCUGGGGCCCGAGAACCAGAUCAAGAUCCCCGUGCUGGAGUCCGUGGUGCGCGACCCGCACUACACCUACGCCUGGGUACAGAAGAUCAUGGAGGCCCGCGCUAAGCCCAAGAAGGAGAUCUUCUUCUGUAAGGAGCUGGCCUACUCGGUGGAGGGCAAGUUUGACAAGUUACCGGCGGGUUACCGUCACACUUUCCUCAUCAGGCACCCGGCUCGGGUGUUCCUGUCUAUGAACACCUUGGUGAAGAGGUAUUUCGCCCGGACUUUCCUCAACCUCAAACUGAGCCAGGUCCUCCCGAAGGGGCUGGUGUACGAGGAGAUGUACAACCUGUUCCAGCACGUGACCAACGAGCUGGGCCAGGAGCCAAUCAUCAUCGACGCCGACGACUUGAUGCACAACCCGCUAGGGGUGCUGUACGCCUACUGCGAUGCCGUUGGCAUCCCUUUCUCGCCGUCCAUGGACAAGUGGCGGCCCAUCAAGGAGGAGAAGCGGACCUGGAUCUACUCCACCCGGCUCAUGAUCAUCAACAAGAUCAUUGGUCAGUACGACCGAGCCUUCCGGACGGCCGGGCUGGAACAGCACGUGGAGAAGCCGAUCGACUUGAGGCGAGUCACCCCCGAAGUUCUGGAGGCCACCAAGGCCAGCAUCGGCUACUACGAGAAGAUGUACACGCUGCGGCUGAAACCCAUGGCUCAUAGCACCAUCACCAUGCCGACAUCCGCGAGCCCCCAGCAACCUCUGCACAACGGCACCCCAACCAUAAGUAAUGGAACACCACCCCAGUGCAACCAGUGCGUAUCGGUUCCAUUCACGCGGGUAGCACUUUACACCGCGGCAAAUAUCAUUUGAAUUCAAGACGAUCGUGUCGGGAUGAAAUCCAGUCGCGAAUGCCCCACAAUGACAUGUCUGUGUUAUUUUUUCAGGCAGAUGAGGUGAAAGUCAGCAGACUGGAUUGAAGUCUCGGUGGGUGAGAUGACGUCAUCCUGACGGACGUAGUGCAUGUCUUGCCGUGGGAACCAGCACAGCCAAAUUGUUCGAUUAAUCUUGAGCAUAAAUCCAUUAUAAAGCGAAUUAAUUAACCCUAACAGUCCUCAAUCCUCCAACAGGUGAAGGAUUGUGGACUGUUAGGGUUAAUGAAGGAUGUCCAGAUAUGCUGAUAAAAAUGUGCUAAAGACGUUAACAGUAUGCUCUUACCAUGAUUCUAUAAAAUAUCACAAACGAGGGUCCAAAUUUGAAGGAAAAACUAGCCUUUAUUUCAUUAUACUCUUCACCUGUGAUCGGGUCUUGUACAUCUUGCGAAUUUCACGUGACGAGAGGCCAAAAGGGUAAUAAUAAUAAUGAUUGUGUUAAUUAUGAGGACAUUUUCAAACGCAGGUUGUGCGAAAAUCAGCCUUCCAUGCGUCUCUGUAACAACCUGAGCUGUAGUCACGUGAAAGAUUGGUUUCCCGUAAGUGUAGGUUUCGCGUUUUUUUUUAUUUAAAAGUAAACAAUAACUUAUUAAUGAAACGCUGAAAUUAAUUUAAAUUUGAUAAGCAAUUUCCAAUGCGCGGUACCUGAUACAUUAAUUGAAAUCAAGGGAUUUUGAAAGAUUGGGUAUUUAGAACUCAUAACGUGUUACUGGAAUUUGAUUAUAAUUAUUUGCCAAAAGCGAACAACAUUAAGCAGCAAUAAAUGCAACCAAGAAUAACACGCAUAUAAAGAAAGCAGGGUCUUUAAGGUGAAUAUAGAUCAUCCGAAAUUAUCAGAUGUUUGAUGUGAAACUAUAGAUCUAAUCAGCACCAUCCAUCACCAUAACGUUACUUUUGUACGGAAGAGAUGACAUUAAAUCUUUAAACUUCA